CGGUUUGACGGUUGGCUGCUGCAAUUGCACCUUGCCGCAGUUGUCUGCUGAGGCAGUCCGUGACGAGGGCGACGAAACGAGCGAGGGAGAGGAUCCUCCGGUUUGUUGAUCGCCGACGCAUCCACGGAGCCGUAGAGGGCAGAAAGAGAGUCGAUUUUUUGUGGAGUCUUUAUUAUAUUCUUUGCGAUCGCUUGAUCUGGCCUAGAUUUGGUCUGGCUUGUAUAAUCCAGUUGAAGGCUGUCAAUUUUGUGCUUUCGUUCCAGCAGUUCGGAGUGUCGAUCGCUUUCGCAGCUGGCUGUCCAGAGUUGGAUUGAUAGCAAUUGGGUCUCUCAGGACCAACAAUUAGAAUCAAGUAACAGAACUAUGGGGCCUAUCACUGGUGUGAACAACCCCAAUAAUUUAGCUUCAAGGCAACGUUUAAGGUGGACAAAUGAACUGCAUGAUCGUUCCGUGGAUGCUGUGGCACAACUUGGUGGUCCAGAUAGUAAUUGCCUUCUAGACAUUUUAAUAAGAUAAUAACUGCAAGAUUGAUUUACCAGACUGAAGGUAUGGAUGAUGACCUGGUUAGGACACCUAUGUUUAAUGACUCGAGUGAGUUUGAUGACUUGAAGUUCAUAUCUAGACUCAGCACGAUUCUGGUGGCCUCCAUUCAAGAAAUUAAAGAUCGGGUGUCUCAAAUAGAAUUUGUCUUCUGUAGCCAGCUAUUUCCAGGCUUCCAAAUGACAUCAAGAGUUCUACAGAAAAAAAUAGCUGAUACCAGGAAACUUGCUGAAGAUGAAUGGAAGGAAAAAGAACAGUCUCUCUUACAACAAGUAAAAGAGCUACAAACUGAAAGGCAACAAUUUCAAGAAGAAGUCCAGCAAUUGAAUAAUGCUCUAGAACAAACUAAGACGAGGUUGAUGAGUGCUGAACAAUCAGUAGACAGACGUGAACUAGAGAAGGAAGUUCUUUCGACCAGGCUUGAAUGCUUAAUGAGGAAUGAGGACAUGCAUGCUAAGCUGAAAAUGCAGUUUGAUCAGGAAAAAAGUGAAUUGUCUGAGGCGAAGAAAAUGCAGAAAAAAUUAUCAGAAGAAAUUGAAUUGAACAAUCAGAAACUGCUGAAUGAGCAAGCUAAAGGAAAAGAUUUGCUUAUGGAAUUAGAUAAAAUGACAGCAAUGUACAAGCAAUUAAAGUCACAAUAUAUGUUUGCUGUGGGGAAGUUCAAUCACAAAUCAGGAAAUGAAUGCUACUUGGACAGGGUAGAUGUGGUGAACAAUUCACCGUCGUCUCAUCUAAAAAAGAGAAGACUUCAAGAUUCUGAAGAAAAAGAAGAAGAGGAAGUCACUGACAUCGCUUCUCAGGUAGAUGAAUCAAAGACUGGGAGCGGUGCUCAUGAAAAUCCUGUGCUCCAUCAAGAUGUUGAUGUCUUCAAAAGAUCAAGAAAUGGCUCCCACACUAAUCCAGCCUUUCUCGACUCCAUUUUACCAAAGCAUGAUGUAGGCACUUCCAAAUUAGAAUCAAUAGCCUGCAGGAAGAAGUCUAGUUCAUCCUGGAGGGAUACUCGGGCUCAUGAAACUAAUGGAUGGGAUCCACACGACAACUUUCUUGACACUCCUUUGGAGAUUGCAAGAAACUUAAACAAGUUACCUUUUGAACCAGCUCAAGAUCUUGCAGCACCUCCCCCACAAGAUUUGUAUUUCCACAAUUCUGACGAUGAAACACAAGAUAUGAACACCAAAACUAUUCCACUCGAGCAGCAUAACUCUGCUGGUCCAGCAAACAAGGGCGUCCGAUACUGUGAACCCGUGAGGAAAAAGGCCGAGCGGGAGAAUCUUGAAGGAGUGGAGUGCAUGCAAUGCAAGAAGUUCUAUGAUGCAGUUCUUCCAGGCGAUGACAAUAAUCCGAAUGAAAAGAUUAGGCGCUGUGAACAUCAUGAUGGCGUCUCAAGGCAUCGUUACAGAUAUGCUCCUCCAUUGACUCCUGAAGGUUUCUGGAAUAUUGGGUUCGAUUCAGAAGAUUACCUCGAAUGGAUGAAUCAACAGUUGUCUUUACAAUUAAGCAGGCUCCUAAUGGAGACAUGACAAAAAACUUGCAAAGAGAAAAAUCCUCAUCAUCAAAGUAUUCUUUUUUCAGCAGAUUUGAAAGGUUUGUUCCCAUGUUUGACAAAAAAACAGCAAGAAUAAUAUUG